UGUAAGAAAUUCAUCAUGUAUCUGUAUCCCCAAUAUGGGACCCAAGUAAUCCAUGUGUGCGCUUUCACCUUAGGAAGUCUCGACUCUUGGGGAGUAAACUAUGCCACGCAAAGCAAAUGUGCCCCUCUGGGUUCAACUGUAGACAUUGGAUGCUCCUACACAUAUCCCAGUUAUUACACAAUCAAAUCCACAAUCUGGAUGAAAUAUGAUACAUCGCUGGAUUUAGGCAGACAUCAUUUCAUGUAUUUGGGUGACAGACAAAAUAACUGUACCCUUAGGAUAAAAUAUCUGAGCUACGGAGAUACAGGAGAAUAUAAAUUCAGAUUUGAAACAUAUGCAAAUGGAUGGACCGCAGAAUCAGCCUUCAUGCUGUAUGUCACAGCUCUGUGGGUCGUGAUGAGUCCAGCCCCAGUGAGGGAGGGGCAGAAUGUGACGCUGACCUGCAGCACCACCUGUCCUCCGCAUACCAACCCCACCUACAUCUGGUACCGGAACACACAGCGUGUUACCGGGCGACGCAUGACAGACAGCAUGCUGAUGCUCAAACCAGUCAGCAGUGGCGACUCAGGCUCUUACUCCUGUGCAGUCAAAGGACAUGAGGCUCAUCCCUCACCUGAAGUGACCCUCAGUGUCCAGUAUGGCCCAAGGAAUAUAUCAGCAACCGACAGCUCCUCUGGUUACAUAGUGGAGGGCGACUCAGUGACUCUGACCUGCAGCAGUGAUGCCAACCCACCAGUGCACACCUACACCUGGUACAGGAAGACCGGAGAUAAAACAGCACAGGUGGCAACAGGACAGAAUUACAGCAUCACCAACACCAGCACUCAGGCUAGCGGACCGUACUACUGUCAGGCAGAGAAUGAGGUUGGGCGCAAACAUUCGUCUGAUCUUCUGGUGAAUGUUUAUUAUGCCCCAAGAAACACCUCAGCGUCGGUCAGUCCCUCUGGUAACAUGACGGAGGGCAGUUCAGUGAACUUCACCUGCAGCAGUGAUGCCAAUCCACCUGUGUCUGACUACACCUGGUACAAGAGCAGUGGAAAUGAAACCGUUCUCAGAGGCACUGGGCCACAUCUGAAGCUCACUUUGGCCUCUGGUGAUGGCGGAGUUUACCACUGUCAGGCACUCAAUGAAGUGGGCUCCCAGAACUCUACUGGGGUAGAGGUCAUUAUAACAGGUGGUACCGCACAGCAGAUACUAGUAUUUCUCCUCAUAGCAGUGGCAGUGGCACUGGCUGUGGUUCUUACCUUGGUGAUUGGGAUUGUCUGUUGCAGGAAAAAGAGGACGUCAACAGAGGUCACACGGAGGACAUCAGAUGACGGACAGAUGAGACUACUGAGAGAGGGCAUGCAGGACACUGAAGAGGAUGACUCCACUCAUGUGUAUGACGAAAUCUCUGCAGCGGCUAGGACCUCUGACCAAGUGAUCUCAGGAGGAGAUCCAGUGGACUCAGGAGAUCUAUUGGACUCAGGAGGAGAUCCAGUGGACUCAGGAGGAGUUCUAGUGGAUUCCGGAGGAGAUCCAGUGGACUCAGGAGGAGAUCCAGUGGACUCAGGAGAUCUAUUGGACUCAGGAGGAGAUCCAGUGGACUCAGGAGGAGUUCUAGUGGAUUCCGGAGGAGAUCCAGUGGACUCAGGAGGAGAUCAAGUGGACUCAGGAGGAGAUCCAGUGGACUCACGAGGAGAUCUAGUGGACUUGGGAGGAGAUCCAGUGGACUCAGGAGGAGAUCAAGUGGACUCAGGAGGAGAUCCAGUGGACUCAGGAGGAGAUCUAGUGGACUUUGGAAGAGAUCCAAUGGACUCAGGAGGAGAUCGAGUGGACUCAGGAGAUCCAGUGUACUCAGGAGGAGAUCAAGUGGACUCAGGAGAUGAAGAUGACGUCCACUACGCCAGUGUCCAGUUCAAGGCCAAAAACAAGGACACGGCUCAAGACACUCUGGCUGUGCAGCCUCGGAAGGAUGAAGAGCAGGAGAAGGAUGUUGAGUAUGCCACAGUGAAGUUCUCCAGCCGCUCUAGUGCAGCCAAUAUGUAG